UUUGUAUUUUGUGAGGAGGGGGGGACACCUCCUCCCUUGUGACGUCGGAUGGAAUACCACCACCACGUGACGCUGACGUCAUUCAUAUUUUGGUAAGACAUCAGGAAGUGCGGAAGAAGGCAACCGAUACCCGAAAAGGCUGAAGUUUCACUGACAAGUUUUGCUUUAUUUAACAACUCUUUUGGGGUCUGUCCGUAAGGAUUUGAUAUUUAUAUCGUUGGAUUUGCUGAGAGUCGCCUCAAGAUGCCGAACAUGGAAAAACAGCUCUUCAAUUUAAAGUUUGCUGCCAAAGAACUCCAAAGAAAUUCCAAGAAAUGUGACAAAGAGGAAAAAGCAGAGAAGGCCAAAGUUAAGAAAGCCAUCCAGAAGGGGAAUAUGGAAGUGGCGAGGAUCCAUGCAGAGAACGCCAUAAGACAGAAGAACCAGUCUGUGAACUUUCUGAGGAUGAGUGCUCGGAUAGAUGCAGUGGCAGCGAGGGUCCAGACUGCAGUUACAAUGAACCAGGUCACAAAAUCUAUGGCUGGAGUGGUGAAAGGCAUGGAUGCCACUCUGAAGAGUAUGAAUCUGGAAAAGAUUUCAGGUCUCAUGGACAAAUUCGAGCACCAGUUUGAAACUCUGGAUGUUCAAACAGCCCACAUGGAGGACACCAUGAGCAGCACAACAACACUCACAACACCGCAGAAUCAAGUGGAGUCAUUGAUGCAUCAACUGGCUGAUGAAGCAGGGUUGGACCUGAACAUGGAGCUCCCUCAGGGAACCACAGGAUCAGUGGGUACCAGCGUGGCCUCUGCAGAACAGGAUGAACUGUCUAAUAGGCUCGCCAAACUUCGAGAUCAAAUGUGAGGGACAUCUGCAGUGGACUGGCACCUUCGUGCAGUGCCCCAGAACACUACCUGAAAAUUACUCCCAGACACCUUUUCAUUUACAUAUCUUCACUUCUCUUUACAUCUCCUGUAUCUCUGUCGAGGAGCUACUGUAUCAUCUUCUUGGGGAUAAUGACCCUUUUUGGUUGUAUGUUAAUAAUAACCUUUGGAUUCUGUAAACUUACAGAAUUGCUAGUUCUGGAAAAUGUAUACAUUUCUUGAAUAUACAUAUUUACCCAAGAGGAAGAUCUAAAGUAAGCUUAUUGUUUAAUAUGUAUACUUAAGAACUUUAUUCAUUUUUUUUUUUAUAUGUAUAUUGAACGUGGCAGUUAUUACCCUGUAUUUAUAGGCCAAGGAUGUUUUGGACUGGAUAACAUAUAUGUGUUUUCUCUUCUUCAUUUCGGAAUAUGAAAGACCUUCACAAUUACUUUUCAUUACCUACUUUGUUUGAAUUGACUCCUGAGGAAUAUUUUAAGAAGAUACUGGAUGAUUAGCCUCUGUGUUUGUCUGGUCAUUUUCAGUAUUUUCACUGAUCAUUUGGUAAGGGGUAACAGUGUGGAGAUAACAUACAGUAAACAAUAAAGUUUUAUAAUAAUU